GAUAAUAUUUCCUGCGCCCCAUGCACCAGGCAGACGCAGCGCAAAAUUUCAGCAUGCAUUGUGCAUUUGCACACAAGCGAGCAGGAGCCACCACUUCCAAAUGCCUGCACUGCCUGACGCCGACUUCAUAAACCAGCCUGUAUUUGAUAUGAAUUCCUUUAUAUCCACUGUUUGCCGGGACGUGUGCGGGGUUCCACCGACUGGUGACUGCGCUCCGUUUUUAUUGACUCCGUCCUGGUCCGUCCACCCCGAAAAAGGGGCAGAGGAAGGCGGCCGUUUGUUUACAGCCAUUGGCGUCCCUAUCUUGCUCAGGGUGUCCUGCCUCGGCAGGUGUGCGCGAAUCACAAAAAAUCGGUGUGGCUCGUUUUCCUGUUUCGCCCAGAGACAAAAACGAGGGCCCAGAAAACGCCUUAUUUCCUGUGCCGUCCCUCUUUUCCUUUCCUUCUCUCUCUGCUUUUUCAUAUCCUUUCCAUUUUCUUCCUUCCCGGGCCCUUGCUUUUUUGGAGCAUUUUUCUUGGAACCCGUGUCUUUCAGUUAUUUGAAGCGCCCUUUUGUUAUUUCGGAGGAGCCAGCGAGCUUAAAAGUAGCAGCGCUAUCCAGAAACACUGCUUUUAUUUGGAGGGCCGCGCAAAAAGUACCGUUUACUGCCCUUCACCAAAACCGGCCCCUUUUUUCUUGCAUGCCCAGUUAGCCUAAAAAGCUUAUUCGAUACGCUCACUAUUCUUAUUUCUCUGUAUGCCUGAGCAUUGGCAGUUGUUCCAGUUUGGUGGGCCCAGCUCCUAGUAAACGAGAUCGCGCAGCACAGUUUAUUUGCGUCACAUUAUUUAUUUAUUCCAAGAGGUAAAUGGCUGGAUGCAUCGGCGAGAGUGCAGAUAGUGUGGCGACGGCAGCAGGCAUGGAGGGUCAGAUGUCGCCAAAGAGUUGCACUGUGCUUAUUGUUGACAGGCGGUUUCUCAAAGGCGUGUAUCACACUACGACAAAUGAGGGCAGUCCGCGCCUCCGCACGGGGCCGGCACGGGACGACGUUGUUUUCGUGCAGGAACUGCUUGAAAUAUACAGCCAAGGUAACAAUGACGACAAAGGAAACAAGAUGCGGUGGCCGUGGGAGGGCA